CGAGCGGAAGUCGUAGUUGGUUACUUCUGUGUGUUUUGAGGUGUAAUUUUUCAGACAAUCGCUGAUUCCAUCAUGGCCGCAGACUGGCUGGGAAGCGUUGUGUCCAUUAAUUGUGGAGACACAUUGGGUGUAUAUCAGGGCCGGGUGUCUGCUGUUGACCAGAUCAAUCAGACUAUAUCACUUACACAGCCCUUCCACAAUGGGGUGAAGUGCCUUGUUCCAGAAGUUACAUUCAGGGCAGGGGACAUCGCAGGCUUAAAGAUUUUGGAGAUCCCUGAGGGCAGUCGGAGACCGAUACAUAAUCAGCCUCUUGAACACACAAAAAUAUUGCCUGCCAGCAAUCAUAAUGGUACAGGGAAACAAAGACCAGAGGCAAGCAGCGCACAGAACAUCCCCCAGAAAACAGACGGUAUAGCUAAUGAUCCUGCUGGAACAUCCCCUCAGCCAUGCUCAAAAACUUUUGUCGACAGGCAAACUGAAGGUCAGAAUCAGCCUAAGAACUUUCGUCGAAGACACAACUCUUCACCUCCCAAAUGCCUUGGACACUCUUUGGGGAGAUGCCAGGAAACAGAUGGAGCAGGGUCUUCAAGCAGCCGGUAUCCAAACCAGGUGACCCCCAAGAAGAAUGGUUCGAAGAAUGGGCAGCAUAAAGCUAGAGAUGAUGAGUGCUUUGGAGAAGAUUUGGAUGAGGUUCCAGCCACAGAUUUUGAUUUCGAGGGGAACCUUGCUCUAUUUGAUAAAGCAGCUGUAUUUGAGGAGAUAGACACCCAUGAAAGGCGAGGGGGUGGAGGAGGAGCUAGGUCACGGGGUACGCCUAGUGAAAGACCUCCAAAUUACAGACAUGAUGAGAACAUACUUGAGUCUGAUCCUAUAGUAUAUAGAAGGAUUGUUGUUCCACAUCCUGGUGGAAAAGAAUACUGUACAGAUUCAGGUCUGGUGGUCCCCAGUAUCUCUUAUAGCAUGCACAAGAAGCUGUUAAGUGUGGCUGAGAAGCAUGGCCUCACAGUGGAGAAACGGUUGGAAAUGUCAGGCGUUUGUGCCAGUCAAAUGGCUCUCACAUUACUUGGUGGGCCCAACAGGUUAAAUCCGAAAAACAUACACCAACGGCCUACUGUGGCUCUUCUGUGUGGACCUCACAUCAAAGGAGCUCAAGGCAUUAGCUGUGGCCGUCAUUUGGCCAAUCAUGAUGUAGACGUUAUCCUUUUCUUACCAAAUUUUGUUAAGAUGUUGGAACCUGUUACUAAUGAGCUGAACCUGUUCUGUCGGACUGAAGGCAAGCAAGUGUCAAAUGUCAAAGAUCUGCCAGAUUGCCCUGUAGAUUUGGUCAUUCACUGCCUGGACUGCCAUGAAAAUGCUUUCCUGCGUGAUCAACCUUGGUAUAAAGCAGCUGUGGAAUGGGCUAACCAAAACCGAGCCCCGGUGCUAAGCAUUGACCCACCUGUAACUGACCAGGAGCAGGGCGUACAUGCCAAAUGGUCCCUGCAGUUGGGACUUCCUCUGGCCCUUGGUGAGCAGGCCGGCCGUGUCUAUUUGUGUGACAUUGGUAUUCCCCAAAAGGUGUACAAGGAGGUGGGCAUCACCUAUCACUCACCUUUUGGCUGCAAGUUUGUUAUUCCCUUACAUUCCCUGCAGGGAUGAAAUGACUAGCUGGUCUGUACCGGCUACGCUGCCUUAAAUAUACGGCACAAAACUGCCAUUAGUCUCAAUCUCAACACCGGCGGCAAUAGCUGUGUGUGCAGGGCAGCGGCUUUGUGGCCACUAGAAUGAGUCAUACGUCGGUGGCAUUCUGGGAAAUAAUUUGAUAUUGUUUUUGUUAUUUGUUCUGAAA